CUUCUCUAUAUUUUUCCCAGCGACAUGGAGGUAGAAGUACCUGUACUGCGAAAUGUGUUUCGGUUGGAAGUGAACGGGAAAUUUGGAACGAUUGCGCUCGCACAGAUGGCUAAGUACGAAAUUGCAUCUGUGGUGACAAUGAUAGACUCGUAUUACCAUGGGGAUGUUCCUGUGACAUUCACAGUCACUCUUCCUAAUGGAAAGAAGGAAGAACGUGUGAAAAGCUUGAGAAGAAUGCCUCAACAACGUUGGGAACACAUCCCGAUCUGCGAAUUCGUGAUGUUGCCUGAAAAUGUCGGUGAAGUCACCUUUGCUCUUAAUGAGCGUGGUGGGAAAUGGAAAUCGGGACUCAUCAUCGAAGGCGUUAGCUUUCGACCGGUUAGAGAUACUUCCCAAGCAUCGGGGUAUUCAGGCGAUUCCUAGAAUUGCGCAGGGUCUUCGCUACGACCGGCUUCUUUCAUUUGAUUGCUGUGCGGUGCUCCCCCCCUGUGCAUCUUUGGUUCAGUGAAUGCUACAUAUGUUCUCAGAAUUCUCUCAUUGUUUACAAACUCAUCUUCCGCUGGCUCUGGGGUGAUCAAACUUAGUAAAUUCUAGUAUUGCGCAACUUUUUACAAGUGCUAGGAAGUUUAAAGAUUCCUAAAAUUGUCCGCGCUCGUAAGGAGAUGAAGUUAGUUUGUCAGU